UCGGCUGUACGCUCGUGAUCGCCGCUGCGUUUCAGAAUAUCCGCUGAAAAUUCCCGGGAGUGUUUGUGGGGUGUGGUCGUGACUGAGGUGGAUGCAGUGAUCGCUGAUGUGCGGGGCUGUGGCGCUCCGGCCGGCUCCGGCUGGCUGCUAACGACGGCCGCGGCAUGGCGCGCCGCGCCGCCCGCGCCCGCUCCCCCGAUCUCACACCAUGACCGACCUGCAGGCUACCUUCGAGUUCUCUAUUGAACUGUACAAGUUCUACAAUGUCGAUCUCUUCCAGAGAGGGCUCUACCAAGUGCGUAUCGGUUUACGCGUGUCACCGAAAGUGCCGGUCCACAUCGAAGCCUCUGUGUCCAGCGGCAAUGGUGCGGCGAGGACCGGCAGGCCAGCAGCCAACGCAUCGCUCAUCGGCGGGCUGGCUGCUUCCAGAGCCUUCCAGAUCAUGUACAGGAACGAGGAGGUCACCUUGCGGGAUAUCGUGCAUUUUAGAGCUCAUUUGCUAGUUGAUAGCCGCAAUCUAAAAGAGUCUCUAGAGAGAGCAGAAUGGAGUCUCGGAGUGGAACUCUGGUGCAGCGAAGGAGCGCAGUCCAGUACACUGGCGCCAGUCUCCUGCCGCGUGCUGAAGCUCCACUUCCAACCGUCUAAUGGCUUGCAUUAUCAUUUACCAGUGCUGUUCGACUACUUUCACCUGUCAGCUGUCUCGAUAACCAUUCAUGCCAGUCUGGUUGCUUUGCAUCAGCCGUAUAUAAAGAAAAGCAUCAUGCAUUACGUCCAAAGUUGUACACCUCGCUCCAGCAAACAAUGGGGAAAGUUAAUGAAAAGUGCUGGAGCAAGUUUCAAUGCUUCUGGAAGCUUCGAGAACAUUCUAUUCGGUUCUGGUGGAAAAUGUGCGGGCGGUAAUUCUAGCAAGAUCGCACAUGCAAGGCAAGUGCAUGCAGAAGUUUGCGGCAUACUUCUUGGCUCGCUCGAAGGGUUGCAGAGCGCGUUAGCCGUGUGCGGUUCAACAGGCGUCACCCUUACCCCGGACGAGUCUUCCAAUUCCAUCGUCGGGGAAGUAGCGCAGAGGAUGAAGGAUAUUAGUGAUUUGUGCAAGAAGUCCGAUGCUGGCGAAGAGGAAGAAUGGGCGAUGGGCGCUGCGCACGACAUAGCGAGGUUGUGCGCUGAAGUGACACUUAGAUGGCGCGCAUUCCUGCAUCACACGUCAGAUCGGCCGCACGUGCAUCAUGCGUUAGCUGCACGGCAUCACGCUCUUCGCAUUAAGCGGUUCUCCGAAUGCUUCUUCGUGCUAGACAAUCCACGGCAUUCCCUUGCUGGCUGCUAUGAUAGCAACUAUCAGUCAUAUCAAAGCGUCGGUGACGUGGCAAGAAGAUCUCGAUACUUAGCACUUCUUCCACCUCUGCCUGUCCACUGCAUUGCGUUAGACGGGGAUCCUCAUAUAAUGCCGAUUAUUUUUGAGGACAGAUAUCAAGAUACAGCAGAAUUUGCUAGGCGACGAUCCUUCUUAAAUUCGAGUGCUAGUAAAUCAGGCAGCGAUCCAUUUUUGUGCUCUGAACCCGCUAGAGAUGACUGUGCAUGUAGUGUGAGCUCUAUGAUGGAUUCACGGAGGCCUUCAUCUGAAGCUUCCAGAGUAACUCUUACAUUACCAAAAAAUAUGGUAGACGUAAUGGAACCACAAUACAGCACAGCUAAAGCCAAUUCAAAUGUAGUACAAGCAACUCUUACUCUUGCACCACAAGGUUCUGCUCGAGGGUCACCUAAAAGAACAAUAGUAAAGCAAAGCGUUGUCGAAUUAAAUAAACCUCAUAAUAAAAAUUUAGAAAUAACGGGAAGGAAUCGAUACAUCGUUCAGAACAAUAAAAUAACUGAAAUUCAAUUACCACUUAACAGUGCAUUUUCCUCUUGCCCUAUUCAACAAGGUCAACAAUUAUCAAGGUAUUCAGCAUCAACCUUACUUGAUAUAAACGGAGCAAAAGGUCAAGGUAAAAGUUCCCGCACUGGCAAAGAAAAAGCAGAUCAUGGUGAAGUAUUUAGUCAAAAACAUGAAAUAACGAGUGGUGUGAGCACAUUGCCUGCAAGACAUAGUAAAUCCCUUGAUCAACUACGAGUAUCUCAAAUGACACCGCUUAGUGUACAAACAAAGCAGUUAACAAAGAGUUCCAGAAACAACUCCAAUGCUUCUGUUAAUUAUCAAAAACAAUAUCCUCCACAGCCAACAAAACCAACAACUCUCCCAAGAAGUGUAACAACAACUUCAUAUCCGACAAGCACUACAACAAGGUGUGGAUCCAAAGGUGAUGAAUAUAGAAGAAAUAUUAAUGAAUUUAGAGAAAAAUACAAAAAUCCGUGCACAAUGAAUGUCGGUACCCAUGGGUCAAAUAAUGAAGUAUUCCAUAGCGUAGGGUAUAAUUAUAAUGGAUCGUCGAAUACGAAUUCUAACCAAAUAUAUGGUUAUGCUUUCGGUAAUCAGGGUACAAUGCAAGUUAAUAAUGUAAUUCGUAAUCCCCUAGAAUUUCAAAGAGGCUAUACUGUAAAUUUACCCCGUCCUAUGUUGCCUCCGCGUAAUUCUUAUCCACCGGUGAGUGGAAAAACUCAAGUGACUGAUCAAAAUAAUUUAGUAUCUAGUAAACAUGUUCAUAGAUCUAAUUCUACACAUGUGUUUCAUCAAAUUGAAAACAACCAAAUAGAUAUUGAAGCAGCUCGCAAUCAAUUAAGACAUGAGCUAAACUACUAUUUACAAAAGGGCGACUGGAGUUAUGAUUUUAAUACUGGAAGUCUUAUUCACAAUUAUCAGAAAAAAUCGAGUAAAAGUAGCGAUGACAGUGGUUUUGUUAUGACUUUAGAUCGAAGUAGUGAUGGCACUUCAAAGUCAACUUACUCGAAAACACCACCAUCAACCCCACAUUCGACGAUGCCGUCAGUAAGACAGAAAAGAAGUCGUUCGAAAGAAUCGCGACUGAAUCAUGCGGGCAAAGAAAAUGCAAAAAUAAAUUCUAGUCGAGACUCAUUAAGUAGUCACCAUUCAAUAAGAUCAAGAGAUAGUAAAUCAGAUCGGCAUACAUCUAAAUCAGAACGUAGCACUCCAAAAUCUGAUAGAGCUACUCCUAAAUCUGGAAAAGGUACACCUAAAUCUGGUGGCGUAACACCGCGGUCUGGUCGAGCUACACCUAAAUCUGGAAGAGCAACACCAAAAUCAGGACUCACUACUCCUAAAAGCGGACGGUCUAGUGGUAGACCUGAAAAACGAACAAAGCAUAAAGCAUCCGAAAAAAUGACGCAGCUUAUGUCAGCUGCUGCUUCUUCGUCGAGUGAUGAGAGCAUACCUUUACAACUUCGACGAUUAGAAUCUUCAGCUAGCGUUCCAUAUAGUCUUGAUCAUGGUUCUGAGUUACGUCAUUGCAGGAGCGCCGCGUCCGUUUUAGAUGAACCUAAUUUAAAUAAUACAUUUGGAUCUGAGUCCCUACCCAACUUAGCACCUCCGCCACCACCGGCCUUCGAAUCUCCUCCUUUAGAUAUAGGUGAUAAAGAUUUCAAAAUUAUGCCACCAGAUAGCUUUCUAAAUAAAGAGGACAGAAGAAGUAGAAGCUCAACGUCAAGUUUAAGUGAACAAAGUGGAUGGGUAUCGAGUGGACGCAGUUCGGGGCCGUCAUCUCCGGAUAAUGCCAGCAGCGUAAAUCAAAAUAUUGCACCGCCUAGAAAUACUGUCGUCACUCAAGAAGCAAGCAAAACUUAUGAACCGCCAACUGAACCACGUAAAAGGGAUAGUGAAAAAUUAAGAGAUUUUAAAAGAAGUAUCCUUAAUGGAGAACAAUUAAGAGAGAGGCUAAUGAAAUUAGCAGUAAAAGCUGAAGAAAGUAAUGAUGAAGAAAAAAUAGAGUGUUGUGAUAAAGAAGUUUGUGAAGAAUGCACAAUCUGUAGUGACUCAAUAUGCACAGAUAGCCAGUGUGAAUAUAAUAAAGUUAUGCACAGUAACGGUAUAGAUGCAGGAUGUAAUUCUGAUACCUGUGUCGCUAGUUGUCUCCAGUGUUCCGAUGCUAAUAAUAAAAUUAAUCAAAGGCAUAACUCAUUUAGUGCUAUACAAGGCAAAUCGUAUGCAUCCACAUCUAAAACACCCAGUGAAGGAACCGUCAAAAAGUCUCAAACUAUCAGUGAUAAUUUACAUCCAUAUAUUAGAAAAGAAAUAUCUACUAAAGCUCAAUUAGUUCCAAUAAAAUCAAAUACCUUAGAUAAAACAAAACUGAGAGAUAAGAUAGAAUAUACAGAAAAGCUUAUAGCUGCUGAAAUACGAAGCUUAACCGUUGGGAGACCGUGUAAAUCACAUAAAGGUGGACCAAUAGCUGCUGUACAACAAUAUCAAGGAAAAGCUAAAUCUGAAGUGGAUUUAAGUCACUUUGUUGGGGAUAAUGAUUACGAACAUUUGCCACCUCCACAACAAUUUAGAGAUGCUCCACCGCCACCUGAUCAAUUUAAGGAUCCACCGACAAAAUCACCAAAAUUGAGCAGACAAAGUAGUAAAUCAUCUACGCCUUCAAAAACGCGAAAAGCUGAUCAACCAACAAGCUUGCAAUUGGAUAAUCCUCUGUAUCACGUUUGUGAGGGUAUAUUGGAAAGGCGGAAGCUACGGCCACAAAAGUCUUCAAGCGCCUCAGCGUCAUCUGCUACAAGCACACUUAAUAAAAGUAGAAGUACAGGAGAACUAGCAUCAAGGAAUGAAAAUGAACGAGAAAGUAAUCUAGUCAGUAUAUUUGGACUCGCAGAAUCAGAAAGACUGUUUGUGAAAUGUAGAGACGAAUUCAGACAAAGUGUGAAGUACCCUGGAGCGAUAUACUCUGACUUCCCGCCUGUUGAAAAUUCGUUACCAUAUUUUCAUAUUAGUGAUGAAUAUAGAAUGUUUAACCCGGAAGGUCUACAUCUAAUAAUAUGUGUCCAUGGCUUGGACGGAAAUGCAGCCGAUCUACGCUUAGUUAAAACUUAUCUAGAACUAGGCUUACCCGGCGCUCGACUAGACUUUCUCAUGUCUGAAAGGAAUCAAGGAGAUACAUUCUCUGAUUUCGACACAAUGACAGAUAGACUAGUCCAAGAAAUUUUAACCCACAUACAAAAUUCAAGCGAACCAGCUAGAAUAAGUUUCGUGGGACAUUCCUUAGGCACUAUUAUUAUACGGUCUGCACUGGCCAGGCCUCAAAUGAAACCGUUUUUGGGAAAACUACAUACAUUCCUGUCUCUCAGUGGACCCCAUUUAGGAACGUUGUAUAAUUCUAGUGGUCUUGUGAACGCUGGAAUGUGGUUUAUGCAAAAAUGGAAGAAGUCUGGUUCUCUUCUGCAACUUUCACUACGUGAUGCGUCAGAUCCACGACGGUCGUUUUUGUAUCGAUUGAGUGAAAGGAGUCAACUGCAUCAAUUCAAGCACAUCCUCCUUUGCGGAUCUGGUCAAGAUCGCUACGUUCCGUUGCACUCAGCUAGACUCGAAUUAUGUAAAGCAGCUGCCAAAGACACUUCGCUUCUGGGACAGGCGUAUAGAGAAAUGGUGCACAACAUGGUAUCCCCGCUAGCCGCGCGAGCAUCUUCUGUCUCCGUGGUCCGGUACGACGUGCAACACGCGCUGCCGCACACCGCAAGCGCUCUAGUUGGCCGCGCCGCGCACAUCGCCGCGCUGGACUCCGACCUCUUCAUCGAAAAGUUCCUUCUAGUUUCGGCUCUAAAGUACUUCAGAUAAACAGAUACAGUGCGCCGGCGCUAAACGUUUGAAAAAAGCAUUUUGUUGAUUUUCAGGACAACUCUACACACAAUUGUAAUUUGAAAAAUAUCGUCAUAGAAUGGAAUUUUCUGGAAAUAAUGUUAUAGUGCUAUAAGCCUAGCUAGACAUACAGACAGACAGAGACCAGAAAGCUGGUGGGGAUAAAACAGACAUUGCUUCUUCAUAUAUAAUUUACAUGAUGAUUAAUUUUAAUUGAAAUUAAAAUAUUAUACUCACCUAGCUUUCCAAAAUUUGGUCCUUCUCAUUUAUUAACAAUCACACGGAAAUGUAUUUAUUGAACGUUUAGACCGCCCGCGCCGGUGUUACAAAUUUUUCAUUACUAUUCGCUUGCAUUUAUGGAAUUUUAGUAGCUAAGUAUAAAUUAUUGUUUCAUUAAAAUUCUAGUGCUCAUUGGAUUACCUACAUCACGUACAAUAUACUUCGUUCCUAGUUUUAUAUUAGUAUAGACUUAUGGUUGUUGGGUGAGACGGUGCACGUAGGUACUU